AUGGUGAUGACGUCAUCCGCCUUCAUUCAAAUGGGUUUCUUCUAUCAGCUCAGGUUACUUCUGUGGAAGAAUUGGAUCUUGCGGAAACGAAGACCUGGUCAGACGUUCGUGGAGUUGGCCUGGCCUCUCGUUCUCUUCAUCAUCUUGGCCUGGGUCCGGACUAGAGGAUUGAAAGAGUUCGAGGAGACAUGUGAGGGAAUUUCCUUACGUCAUCUUCGUACGAUGAAAGACGUAUGGAACGAAGCUCUUUGCUUUCUCAGGUCAUUUCGAACCGAGGAUGAUGCCCUCGGGGGGAUUUUUGGCAUUCCUCCGGGGAACUUUCUGUACUUUGGGAAAUCCUUGCCGAAGCGAGCCUGUCCCGUACAGGUCCUGGUUUGA